AUGGCUCAGUUGCAUGCCUACAAUCAGUGCUGGCUGAUGGCUGGACACCUCCACUCACCUCCCCACAACCACUCCAGCCACACUCCCAACACCUGUGGUUUCCACACGUGGCUUCGGGAACACCAUCGGGCCACCAUCAAGGUGAUCAGGCGCAUGCAGUACUUUGUAGCCAAGAAGAAAUUCCAGCAAGCACGGAAGCCCUAUGAUGUGCGGGAUGUCAUCGAGCAGUACUCUCAGGGCCAUCUCAACCUUAUGGUGCGCAUCAAAGAGCUACAGAGGAGGCUGGACCAGUCCAUUGGAAAGCCAUCUUUGUUCAUCCCCAUCUCAGAGAAGAGCAAGGACCGUGGUAGCAACACCAUUGGUGCCCGUCUGCACCGGGUAGAAGACAAGGUGACACAACUGGACCAGAGGCUGAUGAUCAUCACAGACAUGCUCCACCAGCUGCUCUCCCUGCACCAAAGCGGUCCAGGUUGCAAUGGCAGGCCACAGGUGGUGGCUAGUGAUGAAGGUGGCUCCAUCAACCCUGAGCUUUUCCUACCCAGCAACAGCCUGCCCACCUACGAACAGCUGACCGUGCCCCGGAUAGGCCCUGAUGAGGGCUCGUGAGGGGUAACCCGACAGGUCUGCCCCACCUCCCUCUCAACAAGGGCACUCACGCUGGUCCUCACCCCCUUGAAGGCUUGAUAUGACAGUCUAGCUCCCCAUGGCCCCAAAACCCAUGGACCAAGCCACCAGCUUGAACCUGGAGCUCACCAAGGCCCAGCCAGUGGGUACUAGAACUUGGCUUGGCAUGGGGUUCCUCUCAGGCCAGAACUGUCAGUCCUAUCAAGAUGGUGAUAUUAUUCGCCUGAUGGCUGGGACACAGUGAUGGGGAGCAUCUGUGUAGGGCUAGGAUGCAACUCAGGCAGAGGGAGGCUUGUCCAGGUGAUGUCAAGUAGCUUCCUAAAGGGAGACAAGAAGAAUCUGGCAGAGUCUGGGGUCCUCACCCUCAGCCUUAAAUCCAGGGCUCAGCUGGGAGCAGGCAGGGCAAGCCACACCCAGCCCACUUUAUAGGCUAGAGGCCAAUGGGGGUUCAGCAGGUCAGCCUGAUUCCUUCACUCUCUAGUGAUGCUGAUCACAUGAGCAGGAUACCAUAGGGUUUCCCAGCUUCCCUCAAAGGAUAUCCCAAGCAGGGGAAUGUCCACUGACCACCACCCUAGCCAGCUGUGGACUGACAGCUCCUCCCCCAAAGUGACCAGCAGGGCCCUCAAGCCCUACAAGUCCUAUAUGUGCAGUCAGCCCCCUACUCCUUGGUGACCAGAGGUACCAGACAGAUGCUCUGACUCCAGCCUCAUCACACCACAUCCCUCAGCCAGCAGCUGAGCCAUGGUGCCAUUAGUGGUAUCAGCAUUUCUCCCAGGAUUGG